AGCAUAAGAGCCAGCAGCAACAUAAACAAACCCUCACUCUCCACGGGUAACUAUAAUGUACAGUACGGAGUACUCCGUACAUACUUAUUAUUAUUAUUCUUCUUAUUCUUAUUCUUAUUAUUAUUAUUAUUAUUAUAUUGCUGUUGUUUCACGCGGCUGCUCCCCACUGCCUUAUCUUAUCCCGAGCUAUCUUUUUAUGCAUAAGGUUUGCUUAGCCCAAGGAGAAGCCCCAUGCAGCCGCAUUGCACGAUCUCCCUUAUCUUUAUCUUUUGCGCUUGCUCGGCAUUAUCAAUUAUUAUCAAGUCAUGUCAUGGCCCACUUAGCCUUAACUACGGAGUAACUACUGCGUACAGGCGUCAGUUCCAGUCAGUCCGCUCGCUCUACCCUAGCUCCCAUUGGCUGCACCCGGAGAUUGUGUCUUUUUUUGGCGGCGUAUAAAUUAAAUAAUGCAGCUCUAGCGGGCGGCUUUUCGGGCGGUCGCCUCAUUCUAACCUAACCCUAACCCUAAUUCCCCAAAAACGCAGCCAGCCCUAACUCCCGAGACCGUUUAUUAACCACUGAAAUUCCUACUCUUUUUUUUCUUCUGUUUUAGAUCGAGUAAUGAGACCGAAGGCUGCUUAUUAUUAUUAUUAUUAUUAUUAUUAUUAUUAUUAUUAUUAUUAUUAUUAUUUACACCAGGGUAGUUAUGUAUGUCCUCGAGUCAGCAGAGUGACCGGCGGCAGAUAUACUAACUCCUAAUCAUCAGCUUUCCGGUGAGAAGUGGGGGUAGGGGGUAGGUAGCUCUCUACAUAUGCUAACCAAACAUCUUCUAGAGGAAAGCCGGAUUAACCAGAAAAGAAAAAUUCAACUUUUUCAAAUUCAUCAUUUUGCCGAUCUGUCAAGUCAAGGCGCGUGCGCUAUCAUGAUCAUCAACAUCUUUACCACUUUCGAAGAAGUGAGAGGUCUUCUUUGUUAACUUAUCCUCAUUGGGCCACCUCUUUGUGCUCUACAAUCCAUUUAACACCAGCAGGUUGACGCCCUACAUACCGAUGCUCACCAGCAUAGCAGCAAACACACCCAGUACCACACGCAGACCACGGUGAUAACUAUGCCGAUGCGUCUUUCUCGUGGGAAAAAAAAAAAUUUUGAGGGCCGAAAAUACAAUAUUGCCCAGCAGAUGAACCUGCCUGAUAAAACGGCCAUGAUCACCGAUUGCUUGGUGGUUCCAGCCGUGUUAUCAAUGAUCUAUGAGACAAUAAGUGGGUUCCCCUGAGAACAGGAACUCAAGUACGUUAUUAUAUAUAGGCCACUAGAAGUGGUCCUUGCUGGGAAGGUCGGUCCUCUGUCCAGCACGUACAGAAGUGGCCCUCCAACAAUGACUCGCAUCAUGAAGAUAGCAAGGAUGUAGCCCUAUGUGCGGUCCAGCCCUCUUGCAAAGAAUGACCCAUUACCUGAACAAUGCCGAACGGGAUAAUUCAAAACUGACGCCCGAAAUUUGUCGAAGCCAAAAGCUACACACGACUAGCGGCCCCCCAAACCCGAUCGCUACAGAUGCGCCCGAUAUUAACCAGCACCGACAUGGCAAUCCACAUAUAGCUUUUCGGCUCUCUCCAGCGCCCACUUGCCCGUACAUGCGGCCGCUUGAAUUCGCGAAAUAUGUUACCAGUUUAAUUGGCGCGAAGCCGUUCAACAGCGUGCUGCCGCUCCACCUCAGUGAAAAAUCGAGCGGAUAAGGGUAUUAUUGUUCCAGCUUCCAAUAUGCCCACGGCGAGCAGAGGGGCGAAACUCUUGCAUCCGUGCCAUGCAUGUCUGGGCAAUUUCCCCCAACCCAGCACCAGCGUCGACGUCAGGAUUCGGUGUGGCACUCGUGACUCGCACGAUCAGCCAUGUAGAAAAAGGGCUGCCAUGCCAGCUGUGCUAGGGCCGAUAUCGAUCCGACCCGCGAGUCCUGGUUUCCUUGCAGACCAGUGUCUUCUUGGAGACUGAAUAGGGAUCCCUCUGCCCAGAACGGCUUUGUCGAGGACCUGGAGAAAGGAAGUCAAGGUAUAGCGUGUUUUAAAAAAAAAAAAAAAAAAAAAAAAAAAACCAAACAGGGGAUUCUCGGGUAGAAAAAUUAAUCUUUAUUAGCGGUCAGUAGUUAGUCAACGGCUUUUUUAUUUACCUUGCCGUCCAUCUCUACUCCGUACGCUUGUUAUCACACCCAUACUUGUCUGUCAUACCUGAGGAAUUUGAGGAAUGGCAGAGGAGGUUUCGGAGCGAUACCUGGACAACUACAUAGUUUGGAUUAUUUGUUGCAAUUGUGUGCUAAGGGGAAUGCACAGCGGACACAUACCGAACUAUCAAACAGCUUCUUUCAAUUAUAGAGCCUAUCAGUUCUUGGUUAUUGACGUAUCUAGAGCGCCAGCCAUAUUUUCCCUUUUUGCUCCAAAAAGUUCCAUGCGUUGUUUGUUCGUGCAUUGGGCAGACAGCAAAAUGAGAGCUUUCUUCUGACAACUAUGGCAUACAAGUCAGCCCAUACACCAGUAAAGGGCUCAAGUAGUCGAUCAACCGUAGCUCUUCCCAACCACUGGCACCUAACCCCCACGUCGGAUUUGAGAAAAGCUCAAUUCCAACACCCGAAAAAAAGGUUGUCCCGGCAUUAACAUCCAUCGCCAAGUACUCGUGCGAGAGUACAGUACAGGGGGGGGUGCAGCAGACUGUACGUUAUCCGGCAGGCAAGGAUGGGGAUGGAGCCAACCGAACUAGGUUUCUGGUAUCGGGGUAUGCUUUUGCUACUUUUCUUCUCUCCCGAUAAAUAAUAAUAAUAAUGAGAUAAUGAUGGCUCGGACGAAAAAGUUUUUUUUUUUUUUUUUUUUUUUU